UUUAAUUAUUACUUCCAAAUGAUUAAUGUUGAUGCAUUUGAAUCAAGACUUCAAGAUGGAGAAAUUGAAAAGGGAAUUCCACCAUCAAUGAGUCCUAAAAUUGUUUACACAGGAUCUUUGGAUUGGCACUCUCUUUUACCAAGUCCUUUCACAUUGUUCUUGGCAGGUAUUUUGUUGUGGUCAUUCACUGCAACUGCUAGAGGUAUGCCAGGUUUGGGAGGUAUCACAAAGACUCCAGAAGCUGUAAAACAAAAAGUCAAGGUCACUUUUAAUGAUGUAGCUGGUAUGGAUGAAGCUAAAGCUGAAAUUCAAGAAUUUGUUUCAUUCCUUAAAAAGCCAGAUCAUUACAAAAAGUUGGGUGCCAAGAUUCCAAGAGGUGCCAUUUUGAUGGGUCCACCAGGUACAGGUAAGACUUUAUUGGCUAAAGCUGUAGCUGGAGAAUCCAAUGUUCCAUUCUAUAGCAUGUCUGGUUCUGACUUUGUUGAAAUGUUUGUUGGUGUUGGUCCUGCUAGAGUUCGUAAUCUCUUCAAGAAGGCCAGAGAAACUGGUGAAGCCAUUAUCUUUAUCGAUGAAAUUGAUGCUAUUGGUAGACCAAGAGGUAACUCAAUGUAUGGUGGUGGUAAUGAUGAAAGAGAAAAUACUCUCAAUCAAUUGCUUGUUGAAAUGGAUGGUUUCAAUGAAAAUCAAAAUGUCAUUGUUCUUGCCUCAACAAACGUUGAUGUUGAUGGAUUGGAUAGAGCCUUAUUACGUCCAGGUAGAUUUGAUAGACAAAUCACUGUCGAUAAACCAGAUCAAAAGGGAAGAGAAGAUGUUUUCAAAGUACAUUUGAGAAAGAUUAAGAAGGUUGAAAAUUUGGAAGAAAAUAUUCCAAGAUUGGCUGAAUUGACUCCUGGAUUUACUGGUGCUGAUAUUGCCAACGUUUGUAAUGAAGGUGCUAUCUUUGCUGCCCGUGAAGGUAAGAAGGAAGUUGAUAUGGAAGAUAUGGAACGUGCCAUUGAUAGAGUUAUUGGUGGUAUUGAAAAGAGAACUGCUCCAAUUACUCAAAAGGAAAAGAAGGUUAUCGCUUAUCACGAAGCUGGUCACGCUUUGGCCUCAUGGUUCUGUAAGAACUCUGAUCCACUUUUGAAGAUUUCCAUUAUUCCAAGAGGUAAGGCUCUUGGUUAUGCUCAAUACGUUCCAAAGGAAUACUUUAUCAGAACUAAGGACCACCUUAUGGAUUACAUUACCCAAGCUCUUGGUGGUAGAGUUGCUGAAAAGAUUAUUUUCAAUCACUUGUCAACUGGUGCUCAAGAUGAUUUACAAAAGGUUACUAGAAUUGCCUAUGCUGCUGUCAGUAGCUUUGGUAUGAGUGACGUUGUUGGUCCAGUCAGUUAUCCAAUUCCAGGUGAUUCAUCAAUGGCUUUCCAAAAACCAUACAGUGAAGAUACUGCUGAAAAGAUUGAUGGAGAAGUUAAUUUGAUCAUUCAAGAUGCUUUGGAAAGAACUACUAAAAUUUUGACUGAAAAGAAGGACCUUUUGGAAACUGUUGCUCAAUAUUUACUCAAACACGAAACAAUGAAUAUUGAACAAUUUAGAGAACUUGUUGGUCCAUCACCUUUUGCUGACAAGGAG